AUGGAUGAUGGUACUAUUGUGAUUGCGCGUAUACCAAACCCUAACGCAGGACCUCCCUUCAAGACAACUGCGUCUGAAGUCGCUACUAUGGAUUUUGCCCGAACUGUCCUUGGGAUCCCUGUGCCUAAGGUCUUGUCCUGGAGGGGAGAGACCGAAAACCCUGUGGAAUCAGAGUACAUCCUAAUGGAGGAGGCUACUGGAACUCAGCUCGGUGAGAUUUGGGAUGAGAUGGAGCUUCAUGAUAAGCUCAAGAUUGUGGACGAUAUUGUCGCCAUCGAGCGAAAGUUUCUGUCUCUAUCAUUCACUCGUUAUGGUAAUCUUUACUUCGCGAACGACGCUUUCCUUGGCUGCGAAAAAGCUCAAAUCGUUGACGAGGUACCACAAUCCUUGAAGAAGGAUGUGGAGAACCGAUUUGUGAUAGGCCCAGUCGGUGAUCGAAACUUCUGGCUCCGAGAACGAACAUCUAUGGAUAUUGACCGUGGCCCCUGGAAACACCCCCAGGAUUAUCUCAAAGCAAUUGGCCAACGAGAGAUUGCCUGGAUAGGCAGUCACGCCACUCAAAAGCCGCUAGGUGGUUUAUUUGCAACAUCCGAAGCACAGCGCACUCCAGAUGCCCACGUUGCCCUUUAUAGAAAGUUUCUGGACGUUGCUGAAUAUCUGUUGCCCAAGGGAGAUCAGAUUAAGCCUACCCUAUGGCAUUGGGAUAUCCAUGCCCCUAACAUAUUUGUUCACGAAAACCAUAUCACUGGUCUUAUUGACUGGCAGGAUACAUGGGUCGGCCCAUUGUUCCUUCAGGCACGACACCCGCGACUUGUAGAUUACAACGGAGAACUCAUGAUUAGGCUACCCGAAAGCUACGACGCACUUGAAGAUGAAGAGGAAAAAGAGCGUAUUCGGAUCCAAGUUGAAAAGUCGAUUGCCCAGUGGACAUACGAAAAUGAGACCAGAAACACGAAUCCGAUCCUCCACGAUAUUUUGCACAUGAACUAUGGGCGUACGAGGCGCGACACCGUAGAAUUUUCUGCCAACACGUGGGAUGGGGAUAUCAUACCCUUUAGGCAAUGUCUCAUCCGCAUAGCACGUCACUGGAACGAGAUCAACAGCGAAAUCCCCUGUCCGAUCGAAUUCACUGACGAAGAGAUUCAAGCACACCUUCGGGAUGGGGACGGCUGGAAUGAGAAUGCGGAUUUCUGGGACUCACUCCAAGGGUUUGUACAUCGCGAUGGAUGGACAUCGAACGAAGAUUAUGAGCGGGCACGUGAAAUGUUCGCACAGCUUAGAGAGCGGGGAUUGCAAAGCCUGAGUGGCGAGGAACGAUUGGCGUUUGAGGAGAGCACACGAUGGGCUGUGAGUAGGCCUGAAUAG